GGGCUGCGCUGGAGCCGGAGCCUCCGCUCGUCCUUGGGCAUCGCUUUGCUCCGGGAGAUCGGCACCGGCUGGCACCGGCCGGUUCGCCCCGAAAGCGGCGAGCCCCGGUUCUGCACGGCCGCUGUGCGAGCCCCGGCUCCGGGAGGUUCCAGGUGUUUGUUCACUCGGUCACCGGAGGCGAGCCGUGACCCUCGGCUGCGUUCCCAGCUCCCGCUGUUGUUGGCUGACCUUGGGCCGGUCUGGCUCUCCAUGUGCUCGGGCUGCACAUGUGCUGCUCUCCUGCAGCCAGCCGCGGUUCCCGGGGAAAACCGGAGGAGCAGAAAUGCGAAGUGAGGCUCGGGCAGGACGCUGCCCUCGCAGUGAGGGACAGAGCCAGGGCUCCGUUUCCUUGCGGUGGCUUUGGGGUGACAGCACUGGUGGCAUUUGCCCAAAAUUGGGUUGACAGGGCAGUGGCACCAGUCUUGCCCCACAGCGCUGCUCUGCCAGCUGGGGCAUCACCACUGCCCCAAACGAGACGGGAAACUGAGGAGCAGAGCGCUCCAAGAACUUCCCCAAGGCUUCUCUGCUCAGAUCUCCUCGGUGCUGAGCCAGCAGCUCCAUCUCUGCGCCUUCCUGCCCUCUGGCCGUGUUUUUAUUCCUGCUGUCAGCCCGGCAGCAGGGCUGUGCUCCGUGAGGAGGGAAGAGUUUGAUUCAGCUCUCCUGAAUGGGGACGGGCUGCAGGGAUGGAGAUCUCCGAGCCGCUCUGCAGGAGCUGGUUGGAAAAUCAGGUUUAAGGACGCUCUGGGAGAGAUGAACGGAGAAUUCCCCAGCUGAGCUCUCCCGAGCCAGGAGCUGCCUGUGGGGAGGCACCAAAUGGUCUCUGUGAGCUGCCAGGACCUGCUGCCCUCCCUGAGCAGCCCUUCCCUGCUCGAGAGCUUGGCCAGCGCCCUGCAGUGCAGGAUGCCACCGUCCCUUCUGCCAGGACACGGCGGUGACCCGGAGGGCUCUGGCCUCGUCCUGGCGGGCAGCACCGGGGGUGCCAAGGGCGAGCCCCCCAAAGCCCAGCUCAGCGAGGCUCAGCUCAGGCUGCCCGACUUCUACCUCUCCCAGUUCUCCCAGAACUUCAUCCCCACGCUGGAGGAGAUCGAGGAGUUCCUCAGGGAGAAGGCAGAGCUCCCCAGGGAUGAAGCAGGAGAUCCUCACCCCGCGGGGUGGAAUGUGGAGAGCGAAGCUGAGCUCGGCUCCGGGGCACACGAAGGAGGAGGAGGAGGAGGAGGAGGAGGAGGAGGACAGGUCCCAAACGCUGCGGGGACAGCUGCCGGUGACCAGGCAGUUCCCGUUAUCCUGCAGCUCCAGCCUCUCCCGACGGACAGUGUCACCCCUGGGGGUGUCAGGGUGGCCCAGCUGCUGAUCAGCCUGCAGACCCCAAACCCUCCCCUCCUCCCUCAGCUCCAGCCCCCCGGCACCGUCCUGGACCAAAAAUACAUCCGAAUCGCCCCUCUGCCGGUGGCCCCGGGGCCGGGGGACGCGCAGGAGGCCGAGGCAGCCCCCGGGUGCCAGCAGGGCCCCCCAUCCCUGCUCCGCAUCCACCGCUGCUCCCACCCGGGCUGCGGGAAGGUUUAUUCCAAGAGCUCCCACCUGAAGGCUCAUUUCCGCCGGCACACGGGGGAGAAACCCUACACCUGUGGCUGGCCCGACUGCGGCUGGAGGUUCUCCCGCUCGGAUGAGCUCUCCCGCCACAAGCGCUCCCACUCCGGGCUCAAGCCCUACCAGUGCACAGCCUGUGAGAAGAAGUUUGCCCGCAGUGACCACUUGGCCAAGCACCUGAAGAUCCACCGGGGCCAGCCCUGCAGCCCACGGACGCUUCCAGAGGGGAGCAGGAGUUAAUUCCUGCUGCUCAUCCCUGCCAGCGAGGCCGGGAGGUGCCGGAGCCUCCGCAGGGAGGAGGGGGAAGUGACCCCUGAACAAACGACAGGAGAUUUGGUUGUCCCUCCUUUCACCGGUGAUGAAAUUCCCCAGCUGUUUCUGGCUCUCUUUGAAAUACAAGUGAUGGAAAUCGGCCUGGA